UAUAAUCUUUUCUUUCUUUAAGUCGACGUUUUCAAAAAACAGGCUCUAACCGAAAUUCACUUACCAAACGCACCAACUUUAAAAAAAAAAAAAAAAAUCCCAUUUAUUGGUUUAUUUCUAUUUUGUCUUCUUUCGAGAUUAGAUCUCAGUUCUCUCUCCUUCAACAUAUAAAUUUAAAAAACGUUCAAGCAAAAAUGGAGAGAGCUCUCGGAUCUUUGAAUUUUCAGGUAGCGUUUGGUUUUGUUCUGUGCCGUACAGUCUAUUGUACUAGGUUGAUUCUUUCUUAGUUGGUUAGUUCUUGUACCAGUUUUGGGAUCUGGAUUCAUAAUAUUUUGUUCUGAAUGUAGCACACAUCUAUGGGCUUUGAAUAAUGCCCAUAGUGAUUGAAAUUUGAUUGCAAUGGUUUCACCACUAGUUAUAUUGCACUGGUUUGACUUGGAGUAUGUGGAUGGCUUUCAGUUAGUGUAUAAAGGGAGAUGGUAGAGAGUUGUUUUGAUAAUAAAAAGGCUGAGUACACAGGAGUUAGUUACAAUCCUAGUGAAAAUCAGGGUUUACCUAUUCAUAGAGACCCUUCGUUCUCUCACUGGUUUGACGAAGAUGGUAAAGUUCAUCUUGAGCCUCAAUUAGAAAAUUCUGACGCAAGCGCUGAAGACUCUGAUUUUGAGUUGCCUUUGCUUCAUCAGGACAAGAGAGAGAAUGGAGUUGUAGAUACUGAGAAAUAUCAAUAUAAAAAUAAGUUCCAGGGUAGAAGUGUGCACCUGAAUGGUAGUAGUACCAUGGAUCAUGAAAUCAAUAUACAUGCUCUUGAUCGUGAAGUCAAUAUACACACCAUUGAUCAUGAAACGAAUAUACACAACAGAGGAAAAGAAAAAGAGAAUCUGGUGCCAUUUGAUAUUGAAAAUGGGUCUCCUGGUGAGACGCGUUCAUCAAUAAGUAGUGAUGAUGUUGCUGAUUCUUUUGGCAAUCAUAAAAACUUGCUGCUGAAGUCUAAGAGCCCUGUUUCUGCUGCGGAUGUGUUGAAGACUUUGUUUUUCAUACUUGUUUGGUACACUUUCAGCACAUUUUUGACCUUGUAUAAUAAAACUCUUCUAGGAGAUGACUUGGGAAAAUUCCCUGCUCCAUUACUGAUGAAUACAAUCCAUUUUGGAAUGCAAGCUGUUUUGUCGAAGUUUAUCACGUGGUUUUGGUCUCAUAGAUUUCAACUCACUGUUGCUAUGACAUGGAGGGAUUAUUUUAUGAGAGUUGUACCAACAGCUCUUGGGACAGCACUGGAUGUCAAUCUGAGCAAUGAAUCCCUUGUUUUCAUCUCAGUUACAUUCGCCACAAUGUGUAAAUCUGCAUCUCCUAUAUUUCUCCUCCUAUUUGCUUUUGCAUUCAGGUUGGAGUCUCCAAGCAUUAAACUUUCAGGUAUAAUUGUGGUAAUCUCAGUUGGAAUUUUAUUAACAGUGGCAAAGGAGACAGAAUUUGAGUUUUGGGGAUUUGUACUUGUUAUGCUUGCUGCUGUUAUGUCUGGGUUCCGCUGGUCCAUGACUCAAAUUCUUCUGCAGAAAGAAGAAUAUGGUUUGAAAAAUCCACUUAUGUUGAUGAGCUAUGUGACUCCUGUGAUGACAAUAGCAACUGCUUUUCUUUCUCUUUUGUUGGAUCCUUGGUAUGAAUUUAAAACGAGUAGUUACUUCGAUAGUUCUUGGCACAUUGCUCGAAGUUGCUUGUUGAUGUUUUUUGGCGGAACACUGGCCUUUUUCAUGGUUUUAACGGAAUACAUUCUUGUUUCAGUUACUAGUGCUGUCACAGUGACUAUAGCUGGUGUUGUUAAGGAGGCCGUCACCAUAUUGGUUGCAGUUUUUUACUUCCAUGAUAAAUUCACAUGGUUGAAGGGAGUUGGCCUUAUCAUCAUUAUGCUGGGCGUCAGUUUAUUCAACUGGUACAAAUAUCAAAAACUACAAAAACAUCAAAUGAGUGAAGAUCACUUGGCUGGGUCUCCUACAACAAAUGUCGCUGCAAAAUAUGUCAUACUUGAGGAGAUGGAUGAUCAAGAUGAAGCUGGUUCAGAGCUUUCGAAAUCCUGAGUUUGCUUGUUGAAGAAGCUUGUGAUGAGUGUGCUGCUGGCUACUAAUCUCAUAUUCGAGGCAUUUGCUGAUUUCUUCAGUCAUCAACAAACCUGUAUAAUUGUAUCAGAAUGACCGUUGACUAAGAAAUUCCGAGACACUAUUAAGAGUCGAGAUUCAUUCUUUGAAUUUUUCCCUCGCCAUGGUUAGCGAGCGCCUAUUUUAUAUCGAAGUUUUCUUGAGCUUUUUUGGUAGUUGGAUAUUAUUGUUCUGCAUUAAGCUACACUUCCAUGGAUCCUUAGUCAAAUAUCUGAUUCAAUUGUGGGGUCUUGCCCCACUUGAUUUCUUUCUUAGUUGUUAUUUCGACAUUAUACUGGCAAUUAAUAUACUGGUUGAAGUGUAAAAUGUGAUGCUCCCUUAUCAGUGUAAUUCAGCCUAGAAUAUUUUUCCUGUUCUUUUUC